CCCGCCGCACACGCGGCAACGCAGCAGCCCCACGCCGCACACGGGCUCUGGCAGUGGCACUCGCAGCGCAGCAGCAGCGGCCGCCGCCACCAGGCAUGGCACAGGGCUCCGCCUCGCCAUGGCAGCAGCAGCGCGACACAGCACCCUGGACUUCCUGCUCAGCGCCCCAGCUGAUUGCAAUGCCGUUCUUAAAGGUCUACAGCCUGUUUUUCAAGAGCAGGGAAUGACAGAAACAAUUCAUAACUGGGAGGAUCAUGGUUACUUAGCAACUUACAUCAACAAAAAUGGCAGUUUUUCCAAUCUGAGAAUUUACCCUCAUGGAUUAGUAUUGGUGGAUCUGCAGAGCCACAGCGAUGAUAUGAAAGGAAGAGAUGAAAUUGAUCAUUUACUAAAUAAGAUAGAAGAAAAAAUGAAAGAGUUGUUUCACAGCAGUAUCAAAAGGGUAAAGCGAUUGCCAGCAAUUGUGAGAGGAGAAGCCAUUGAUAGAUACUGGCCCACGGCUGAUGGGCGUUUGGUAGAGUAUGACAUAGAUGAGGUUGUUUAUGAUGAAGAGUCGCCUUAUCAGAAUAUUAAAAUUCUACAUUCGAAACAGUUUGGGAAUAUUCUUAUCCUCAGUGGGGAUGUUAAUCUGGCAGAGAGUGACCUGGCGUAUACGCAAGCCAUAAUGGGCAGUGGGAAAGAAGACUACACUGGGAAAGAAGUGCUGAUCCUAGGAGGUGGUGAUGGGGGUAUACUAUAUGAAAUAGUCAAACUGAAACCAAAGAUGGUCACCAUGGUGGAGAUUGACCAAAUGGUGAUCGACGGGUGUAAAAAAUACAUGCGUAAAACAUGUGGAGAUGUCUUAGACAAUCUUAAAGGAGAAUGCUAUCAGGUUCUAAUAGAAGACUGUGUUCCAGUACUGAAGAGGUAUGCCAAAGAAGGAAGGAUGUUUGAUUAUGUAAUUAAUGAUCUGACAGCUGUUCCAAUCUCCACAUCUCCCGAAGAAGAUUCUACGUGGGAGUUUCUACGAUUGAUUCUUGACCUUUCAAUGAAAGUCCUGAAACACGAUGGAAAAUAUUUCACGCAGGGAAACUGUAUCAAUCUGACUGAAGCCUUGACCCUCUAUGAAGAACAGCUCGGCAGGCUUUAUUGCCCUGUGGAGUUCUCAAAGGAAACUGUAUGUGUACCCUCAUACAUGGAAUUAUGGGUGUUCUACGCUAUUUGGAAGACAAGAACUGAAGUGUGAAGAUCAAGAUAUUCUAAUUGUGUGCUGCAUGGAGCAUAUAGGCUUGCCGCGUGCUGCAUAUUGGCAUCUUGAACCUUUAAAUUAUAUGCUGUAGAUGAUCCUGAAACUUAGUCAUGCUAUUGAUUGUGAAUUCUUUAAAUGUUUUUUAUUAUUAUUUUAAUUUAAAAGCAAAUGGAAAAUGUAUAUUUUGAUGAGGUAGGGUGUUAUUUUUGAAAGUCAACUUAAAGAUGAAUUAGCAGCAAAACUAUAGCUGCUGAAUGCACUGAACCUUUAGAAUGUGAUUCUUUUUAUUUUUUUGUAGAUCUUCACAAACUGAUUAAAAAAAGACAUCUUUAGCAUUUCA